AGACGGCGCGCGGGACAGGGAGGAAUGGCCUGUCCCCCUUAAACCAUCACAAGCCAUGGUUGCGGAAGGGCCACGCGCCUCCCAGUAGGAGAAUGACUCCGAUUCGUGACCCUCAGCGCGGGUGCAUGUCGAUGUAAGUGCGAGGCCGGCGAGCAGAGUGUGAGUGGGGGUUGGUGGUGAGGGGAGAUUCUGAUGCAAUCGGCCCGGAAAGGAGGAGGAGAGACAGGCGAGCGCGGAUUGGGGCAGCCACGCCACUCCGCCUGAAGGUCGCCAGGAGCCUCCGCCCUUCACCUUCCUCGGAAAUCCGCCAGGCCACGCCAAGCUCCCUGUCCAGCCCUGACUGACGGGAGCCACCUUUUCCUGGCCUCCGCAGCCAGACCUUGACACAAAGGACAUCAAACUGCCGAGGGUAAAAACCCCGGAAGGGCGGACACAUCCACGUCGCCUUUCGCCACCUUUCCCUUUAUCUGCGGAGAGUCAAGGAAACUUUUCUUUUGAGCUAUUUACAGCUUGUAGCAAUUAUGUAGAGUAUACUCCUCUGAACAAAAUUUGGAGCAUGUUUGUUUCUCUCUACCUGAUUUCUCCAGAAUCUGGAAACUAUCUAUAUUUAUUGAGUGUCUACUGUGUGCCAGGCACUAUAUCUAUGUGCAUAGAAAAACCCUGGAAGGCUAUACAACAAUAUAUAGAGAGAGUGAUCGUCUCUGCUUGCUGAGAUAACAGGGGUGUCAAGCUUCCAGUUUUGGUAUCUACUUCUAAAUACACUCAGAACAGGAGAAAUUUGGACUAAUUUUCAAACUACAGAUACUCUCUAACCAUGAUGCAUUUCAAAAGUGGACUCGAAUUAACUGAGUUGCAAAACAUGACAGUGCCUGAAGAUGAUAACAUUAGCAAUGAUUCCAAUGAUUUCACUGAAGUAGAAAAUGGUCAGAUAAAUAGCAAGUUUAUUUCUGAUCGUGAAAGUAGAAGAAGUCUCACAAACAGCCAUUUGGAAAAAAAGAAAUGUGAUGACUACAUUCCAGGUACAACCUCCUUAGGCAUGUCUGUUUUUAACCUAAGCAACGCCAUUAUGGGCAGUGGGAUUUUGGGACUCGCCUUUGCCCUGGCAAACACUGGAAUCCUACUUUUUCUGGUUCUUUUGACUUCAGUGACAUUGCUGUCUAUAUAUUCAAUAAAUCUCCUAUUGAUCUGUUCAAAAGAAACAGGCUGCAUGGUAUAUGAAAAGCUGGGGGAACAAGUCUUUGGCACCACCGGGAAGUUCGUAAUCUUUGGAGCCACCUCUCUACAGAACACUGGAGCAAUGCUGAGCUACCUCUUCAUCGUAAAAAACGAACUACCCUCUGCCAUAAAGUUUCUCAUGGGAAAGGAAGAGACAUUUUCAGCCUGGUACGUGGAUGGCCGAGUUCUGGUGGUGAUAGUUACCUUUGGCAUAAUUCUCCCUCUGUGUCUCUUGAAGAACUUAGGGUAUCUUGGCUAUACUAGUGGAUUUUCCUUGAGCUGUAUGGUUUUUUUCCUAAUAGUGGUUAUUUACAAGAAAUUUCAAAUUCCCUGCAUUGUUCCAGAGCUAAAUUCAACAAUAAGUGCUAAUUCAACAAAUGCUGACAUGUGUACGCCAAAAUAUGUUACCUUCAAUUCAAAGACCGUGUAUGCUUUACCAACCAUUGCAUUUGCAUUUGUCUGCCACCCAUCAGUCCUGCCAAUUUACAGUGAGCUUAAAGACCGAUCACAGAAAAAAAUGCAGAUGGUUUCAAACAUCUCCUUUUUCGCCAUGUUUGUUAUGUACUUCCUGACUGCCAUUUUUGGCUACUUGACAUUCUAUGACAACGUGCAGUCAGACCUCCUUCACAAGUAUCAGAGUAAAGAUGACAUUCUUAUCCUGACAGUGCGGCUGGCUGUCAUUGUUGCUGUGAUCCUCACAGUGCCGGUGUUAUUUUUCACGGUUCGUUCAUCUUUAUUUGAACUGGCUAAGAAAACAAAGUUUAAUUUAUGUCGUCAUAUCGUGGUUACCUGCAUACUCUUGGUUGUUAUCAACUUGUUGGUGAUCUUCAUACCCUCCAUGAAGGAUAUUUUUGGAGUCGUAGGAGUUACAUCUGCUAACAUGCUUAUUUUCAUUCUUCCUUCAUCUCUUUAUUUAAAAAUCACACACCAGGAUGGAGAUAAAGGAACUCAAAGAAUUUGGGCUGCCCUUUUCUUGGGCCUGGGGGUGGUGUUCUCCUUGGUCAGCAUUCCCUUGGUCAUCUAUGACUGGGCCUGCUCAUCGAGUGGCGACGAAGGCCACUGAGACCCGCCAAGAAAAAGAAACAGCCCUGUUGUCUACUCAGUCAAGUCCCCACACAUCAGCAAUCUCUCACCACUUAUUCUGCAAGUUUACAGAAGCAAACAGAAAUGUACAGAAUACUUAAAAUGGAAUAAUACUUUGGUUGCAAAACAGAGACGUGUUUCUAUAAUGCUUCAUGUCCCUCCAAGAUUUGGGAUCAAUUUAGGGAUUGUGAAUUUUUUUUUCAGUUUUCAUACAAUCAUAUUUCCCAGUACUUUUCGCAGUCAUUUUUUACCCAUCUAACUCUAUGUUUUGUGGCUUCCCAGUCUCUUAGAACUUUGGAAACAUGAUAUGCAAUCAUGUUUAUUUAUUAUACAUCCAGAUUCUGAAAUAAUUUUCCUACUGAUGUUCAGCUCACACUAUCUGUACCUUUUUAGAAGAGAAAAGAAUCUUGAAUUGUAUAUAUUUAUUUUGCUUUACAGAAAAAAAAUGGUUUCAUAAAUAAUUUGCCUAUUUUGGUUAACAUAGCACACAGAGAUAAUCAUCUGAAAGUUAUAGGGCACUGCCACUGCUGAAUCAGAGCAUGCCCAAUAUUUGAGGUGGCUCUGAUCACCUGGCAGCUGAGCUCGGGUAGUCCAGUGGACUAGCUGGUACCACAUCCAUUCCCAUCCAGAGACAUUCUCUGGCAAGUGUUCUCUGCUGAAAAGUCAUUGGGGAUGAUUCUUACCUUGGCAAUUAAAUGAAGCUACACAUUUGGGUAAUCUAGCAAAUGAAGUAUUGUUUCCCUCUUGGCAACUUGUGUCCGAGUUACUCUGGUCUGAGUCAACUUUCGCUGGAGAAAACCUAUAGAACCUACUGCAAAAUGAUUGUCCAAAAUGCCUGAGAAAAUACUACUCUGAUGCGUUUAGCCUUCAACCCUGUCUCGCUGAAGGGAGAAAAAUGUUUUAGUACAUUACAGGCCCAGCAGCUUUUAUUCAUGUCCACCAGCUAGUUGCACAGAGAAUCAUGUGUACCUAACUAAGGAUGAUCUAGGAUAAGUAACUCCUGUUUUAUAUUGAGUACUUUAGGGAAGUCUUUAAAAGACUUGUUUUAUAUCUAUAAAUCUAGGUUAUUACAAAUACAAGAUUUUUGUACUUUAAAUAAGCCUCAUUUCCAUUUCUUCAUUAAUUCUCCAUCUAGUCUUGUG